AUGACUUUUAUGAUCAAUUAUAUUCACAUGAUGAACCACACUGGAGAGAAACCAUACACAUGCACUCAGUGUGGGAAGAGUUUCAGCCAAUCAUCACACCUUAAUCAACACAAGAGGAUCCACACUGGAGAGAAACCAUUUACAUGCCCUCAGUGUGGAAAGAGUUUCAGCCGAUCAACAUCCCUUAAUCUACACAUGAUGAGCCACACUGGAAAGAAACCAUUCACAUGCACUCAAUGUGGGAAGAGUUUUAGCCGAUCAUCAUCCCUUAACCUACACAUGAUGAGCCACACUGGAGAGAAACCAUUCACAUGCACUCAGUGUGGGAAGAGGUUUAACUGCUCAUCACACCUUAAUAAACACAUGAGGAUCCACACUGGAGAGAAACCAUUCACAUGCACUCAGUGUGGAAAGAGUUUCAUCCAAUCAUCAUCCCUCAAUAAACACAUGAUGAUCCACACGGGAGAGAAACCAUUUACUUGCACUCAGUGUGGUAAAAGUUUCAGCCAAUCAUCACACUUUAAUCAACACAUAAGGAUCCACACUGGAGGGAAACCAUUCACAUGCACUCAGUGUGGAAAGAGUUUCAGCCGCUUACUGUUCCUUAAUAAACACAUGAUGAUCCACACUGGAGAGAAACCUUUCACGUGCACUCAGUGUGGGAAGAGUUUCAGCCAAUCAUCACACUUUAAUCUACACAUGAGGAUCCACACUGGAGAGAAACCAUUCACAUGCAGUCAGUGUGGGAAGAGUUUUAGCCAAUCAUCAAACUGUAAUAAACACAUGAGGAUCCACACUGGAGAGAAACCAUUCACAUGCACUCAAUGUGGGAAUAGUUUCAGCCACUUGUCACACCUUAAUCAACACAAGAGGAUCCACACUGGAGAGAAACCAUUCACAUGCAUUCAAUGUGGGAAGAGUUUCAGCCAAUCAUCAUCCCUUAAUCAACACAUGAUGAUCCACACAGGAGAGAAGCCAUUCGCAUGCACUCAGUGUGAGAAGAGUUUUAACAGCUCAUCAUACCUUAAUCUACACAUGAGGGUCCACACUGGAGAGAAACCAUUCACAUGCACUCAGUGUGGGAAGAGUUUCAGCCGAUCAUCAUCCCUUAAUUUACACUUAUUGAAAGAGGAUUCACAUUGGAAAGAAACUAUACAGAUCUGAUCAGUGUCUACAGAGUUUUCUCAUUCGGCGCAGCUUAAGAAACACAUAGACUAAAAGUUGCACACAUGACAUGAAUGCAGCAAAACAUUUUCUCAUGUGCAAAGGAUGUAUCUUGUCUUAAUAGUGUUUGAAAAGGCUGAGUGACGGUAUACUGUUUUCCAACACUCCUACACUGCAGUAGGUGGGGUUGUAAAUGUGUGCAAGUGAUUGUACAGGUGCGGAUACAUCUGUACUCUACUCUUCAGUGUAUUCAUGUAGCUAGUGUUGUUUUGGAUGAUGUUCUCUGUCUGACUCCCUGAAUGAAAAGCAUAUCACUGGGAAGACACCGCACAUCAAAGAAGGUGGAGCUCCAGGAUGGGUUAGUUUGCUGUAUACCAUGGCCUCAAGUUUAGAAAGCCAAUUCAACUGUCCUGUGUUGCAUCUUUUAUUAUUAAAGUUUCUUUACUUUUAGCUUCAGGAUUAUUUCUAGUUUACUACUUUUACUUUUUUGAGUAGAAUACAAACUAAAUGCAUGUUUUAUGAUUUAGGCAAAGCGACAGGUAUUAAGUUUUACAAUAUUAAUACACUGUGGUGAAUCCUGAUUGGAUGCCUGCAUUACCCAUCAAUGGAUAUAUAAAAGUUGUUAUGCUAGCUACCCCAGAACGCUGUGGCUACUCACGAGUCCUCAUGUCUCAGACCUGCCAUCUCAAUGACUCUUUAACCUUAUGGUUUUGUUUUGCAUUACUUGUAUCAUGUAGUCAAUGUGUUGUUAUGAUUAUAUCCUAAGUUCUUUAUCUUGUUUAUUAUCCCUAGAUAUUUGUUGGUUGCUUUAAUUGAUUGUUCUAUGAGUUACAUUUAUAAUAAAUAAUUUGUAUUUAGGCUA